AUGAGGAGCCUUCACUCCACACUCACCUAUUCUAGAAAUCCUAGUUUGGAGGAAGAUUUGUACAAAAUAGAACAGCUACUCAUUGUUGUACCCGUAGUUUACAUCCUGCUGCUGGAGGCGCUCCAUUCUGGCAACAUCGUGGCAGUGUAUUGGCAACAGGUUGGACUCCGCUACCUCAGGUACUCCCAGAUCUGUGCAAAAGCCAUGAGAGAUACACUGAAGACAGAAUUCAAAGCAAAUGCUGAGAAGACUUCUGGCAGCAGCAUAAAAGUUGUAAAAGUCAAAAAGGAAUCAUCUGCCCUGACUUAA